AUGGUGCGGUACGCCAAUAAGGAUUACUUGAGCUGUCAAGACUUACGGCUUUUCCUCGAAACAGAACAAGGGAUGUCUGGCGUGACGACGGAGUUCUGUGAAAACGUCGUCGAGCAGUACGAGCCCGCGCCCGAAGCAAAAGACAACAACUUCAUGACUGUAGACGGUUUCACUGCCUUUCUUCUGUCAAAGGACUGCUCCAUAUUUGAUCCAUCACAUUCCAGAGUCUGGAUGGAUAUGAAGCAGCCAUUUUCGAAAUAUUUCAUCUCGGCCUCCCACAAAACCUAUCUGGUCGAAGAUCAACAAGGAACAGCCAGCUUGGACGGCUUGUCCAGUGCACUGAAGAGGAACUGCCGGAUGGUUGAAAUCGACAUCUUCGACCCUUGUGAAGCUAAAGGAGAGACGGAGCCAAUGAUCCAGAAUGGAAUGGUAGCCGUCAGUAAAGUGCCUUUGAGCCAAGCUCUGAAAGUGAUCCGCGAGACGGCGUUCGAAAGGACACGGUACCCGCUUCUACUGCGACUUUGCGUUCACUGCUCUGAGGAUUGGCAGAAAGUUGCAGCAAAACUGAUCGUGACACAUUUGGGAACCAAGCUGUACUUACCAACAGCCGAUCCAACCGACUGGAAUAACGAGAAGGUGAUUCCAACUCCAUGGGACUUCCAAUCUCGUGUUCUUAUUAUGGGUAAACGUCUAUGCUGUUCAGCAGAAAGCGGCGAAGUUUCCGAAGAUGAUCACGGUAUAGCCAGUUGUUCACGGCGGAAAUCACAACGGAUACGAUUAUGUCGAGAACUAUCCGAUUUGGUGCCACCAUUUCUGCAGACGAAGUCUUUACAUGAUCUCAUGGCUACGGCUCCCAACUCGUCAACAAUGAAUCCUCGACAACAUGUGGCGAUUUUGAGUGAGACCACGGCUCUCCGACUAACUCAUACCUAUGCGCCGGAAUUUGGGCAGAUGUCGAGGAAUUAUGUUGUCUGUGUGGAACCGAACCCGUCUCGAUCAGAUUCAUCUAAUCUGAAUCCGCAAGAGUUUUGGAAUCACGGCAUACAAUUGGUCGGCCUCAACUAUCAAACACCGGGUCUCAUGGUCGACCUUCAG